CGAGAUGUUUGUUAAGGCUGAUUUCCAAUCCCGAAAGGCAGUUAAAUAUAUCUGUUUUCUCUCAACUAAUGCAUUCAUCCAAUUUUGGAAUUUGGAUUACAUAACCCUACAGGGCUGAACUGGGCUUGGCAUUUUCAACACAGCCUCAAUGAUCAAUAAUGAUGUUUUAGGCUGCCUCCCGCGACUUUCCAACCUCAACCUUCUCAUCACCAAGAUGUCCGAUCCUUUGAGUGUCGCCGCCUCAAUCGCAGGACUCAUCUCAAUCACAGUAGAGGCCGUCAAGUUUCUCAGCCCAUAUGUCUCAGCAACGAAAGAGACCCCGCAGGUCGCGGCGCAUGUCUACUCUGAAGUCCAGAGCACCCAGGUUAUACUGAUGGGGCUUCAGAGCCUGACUAAAAAUCUCGGGUCUGUAAAGAUUCAGCAUGCCGCGCUCAUUGGGGUGAAUCAGGUGGUGGCGAUCCUCACUGAUGGGGUUCUGCUUUACUCGGAGUUGCAUAAGGAACUUGGGUCGUUGCGAGCGAAAGACGGCGUGGGAAAGGUGCCACUCAGAGGCCGUUUGCAGUGGGUAUGGAAGGAGAGUACGUUCAUUACGCUUCUCAAUAGACUGCAAAGUUUCAGGAGCUCAAUGACACUUGUCUUGAUAAUUCUGCAAAGUGACUCUGGUCAAACAGCAAAAGAACACCAGGAGCAGCUCUCCAAUAAUGUCAAAGUUCUUCUGGACAGUAACGACGCCCUAUCACGCCGGCUGAUGAAUAUUGAGGACGCCUUGGAUACCCAGGCAGUGAUAUCGAGGCGGAUGAGUCUUCUCUCAUUGGCUGGGUCUCCAUCUCAAGACACAACUCAAAACUCGCAGUCUGAUGCUACAGAAUCACCAGCUACAUCGAUCAACACCGAUACCAGCAAUUCUAUAUCCAAGUUUGACUUUGAAGACGAUCUUGAGUCAUCACGUGUAUAUCGCCGCGCACUAAGAGAGACCAUGGACUUUUCAUUCCGAAGCUCAGUUGCAAGAUCACACAACUGGUCUGUCUUCUCAGGCUUGAGCCUAGGGGACAUUUCUAUCAUGUCCUUCAUCGCAUUGCCUGUAUACCAAGAUGAUAUCACCAACGCUGAACACUAUGACUUUGGGGAGGAAGUUGCUCUCACUUCUGAAAUACCCGGGCCAAUGAUGGACCAGCCUUUACUAAUGGAUUGUCUCGAAAUCAAGCUUAAACUGCUUACAAUACCAGAGAUGCAGAAGUACUUUGACGAGGAGCCUUACCCACCUGACGCUUUCUUCCACGUCUGGUCUGUUUUCCAGCAAAUCACACCACUGGUAAUCCUUGCUCAGGCUUUGGACCUGGAUGUCAACCUGGAUAUCGGUCCACCAGAGGAUCUUACCAUCUCAUUCAAGAAGGAAAUAAUACUAUGGUUUGCUCAGUACUGUCACGAUAUUCUCAACAUAGAAACAAGAAACUUGAUCACAGUGGAGGACCUAAUGGGAGGCGGCUACUAUGGGAUUUUGAGAGUGAUCUCACUCGUUUCGAAUAUUACUAAGUGUCUUGUGAUCACUGGUCCCUCUAUAAACGACUUUUCUUCCGCCAAAGCACAAGUCGACGCCCAGUCACCGGAGCUUCGAGGCCUGCUAGCCGAGCAGCGUCAGUUUAUUCAAGAUCUCAACGAGCUCCUUGAGAUCAAGGACCAACUCGAGAUGUAUAUGAAGUCAAUAUUUCAAAACACCAGACAGCUCAUGGAUUUGCAUAUUGCCUUCCUUAUUAAUAUGGAAAGGAACCUAUUACGUCCCUCGGCAGAACAUAAUUGGGCUCCAGCAUUCGAUUAUCUUCUUAGAAAUAUCGAGAUUGAAGCUGCAACACAUGCCACCGAUAAGGGUGCCAGAACCAGCAUACAAAUUUGGCUGAAAGAAGGGCAUUUCAGAGACAAGGAUAAGACAAGAGCAUUACUGGCAAGAUGCUUCGAUAUCUUGCCCACGAGAGCCAAACGAAUUUCUGCGCUCUUUGCAUUCUCCGAGUACUUGAAACGCCGGCCGAGUGUCACAAAUAAGCAGAGGAAAGAUAGUAACAGUGCUCGAUCUUCUAUUUCGAAGAUUGUUGCUCAGCUACAGGAUAAUGUCAUAUCUAAGGAAACUCAAGCGGCUGUUCAAAAACUUCAACAAAGAAUACAGGACUGGAAAGGCAUUGAUCCAGAUGCUCUCGGCGAGUUGAUUCUCUCCAAGACACUUUAUGUGACAAAGAGUUCCAAGACCAAUUUGUACCACGGAUAUCUUUUCCAGAAUAUGCUUCUCCUCUGCAAAGACGCUCGUGGUGAGCCUACAAGAGAUAGGUCAUUUUACAGGUCCAAAUCUUUAUCUGAACAGAAACAGACAAUGUUCCUACUAAAAGGACGAUUUCAUCUGAGACACAUUCUCUCUGUCACUCCGACUUCCCAGCACGAUAAACAUGUAUGCGAGGUUCAAUGGGGUACUGAUAAUAGUGACGGCAAGUCAAAGUUCUCUCUUGUGUUUGCGGUCGAGUCCGAGAUGCGACACUGGGCAUUAAAAAUUGAUGAGUAUAGAAUGAUGGCAAUACUCAUGGUAAAGCCAAAGGAAGAUCCAGAAGGACCGGAUUCAUCAAUAGAAGGGAAUACAGAUGAACCUGCGUCUGAGGAUUCAACGGUAUCUAUAAGGUCGUGGAAGCGCUAUGGAGUAAUAUAGCUUGCCAAUCGGGCUACUUUUAUGUGUUGGCUUGAGAUAUUAUGAGAUUUAACUAUGAACCAACAGGUAGCCCUAGACAACUUCCUCAAAUACCAUAUAACUCGGAGACAAAACUUAAGCACG